AUGUCGCUCACGUCUCCUCAACUUCCCCUGCCUCAGAGGCACGCUAGCGAGUUGCUUUGCGAGAAGUGCCGGGGUAUGCCUUGGGAUAUAUUCAACGAGCCUUAUGUAAUGCCAACCGUGAAACAUCAUAGGACAUUUUCUGAACUACAAAGUUCAUGCGACCAGGGAUGUCCAUUGUGUCAGAAUAUCCGUGUUACGCUUGUCUACGAUGGUGUGGAUUUGGCAACAGAUGACCCUGUGCCUUGGAGCAUCUCAGAGGAUAGGUCCAUUGAUCCUAAAUCAAAAAGACCACGCUAUCGCAAAAGACCCAAAUACGACAUGUUGGACGAUAGAAGAACAAAGUCACCAGGACAAACACUCCCAACUAUCCGACGGUUGGCACCAGAUACCCUAGAAGAUGACCUGGAAAUUCUCCUCGAAAACAUCAACCAAUGGCUGACGGCCUGUACCAUUUCCGGGAAACACGAGAAAUGCACAUUGUUGGACUCGUGCACGACAUCAUCUCUACCAACUCGACUGAUAGAUGUCGGUACCCAGGAUAAAGACAUUCUCCGACUCAUAGAGUCUCAGACAGAGUAUCCAAGGGAUGGCAUGAAGCCCUUGUACUCGAUAUUGAGCUAUCGCUGGGGUGAAGGAAAUCGGAGUGCACGAACGACACAAAACAAUAUGGAACAAAGAAAGAAGAAAAUGGACUUGCGAGAGUUCCCAAAAACUAUACGAGACGCCAUUGAAAUCACAAGGCGCAUGAAAAUACGUUAUCUUUGGGUGGACGCAGUGUGUAUUAUCCAACCAGACAAUGACGGAGAAACAGAAGACUGGAUGAAAGAAUCUGCCAACAUGGCGACUUACUAUUCAAAUUCCUAUAUAUGCAUUGCAGCGUCAAGUGCAGAGGAUAGUUCGGAAGGCAUACUCAUCGAGAGAAAAGUAGCCAAGUUUCCUUUCAGAGAAUGGUGUGAUCCUGAUGGCCGGCCUAUUAAAUCUCCUCAUGAUUCGCGGAGGAUCUUUCGAAAUCCAUUGCUUGAGCGCGGCUGGUGUCUCCAAGAAUGGCUUCUGUCACCUCGGAUACUGCACUGGACCAAGAACGGUCUGAUCUGGCAGUGUAGACAUGGUUUCUUCUGGGAAGGUCAAAAGGACUUUUGCGAAGAAGGCCCAGAACGCAUCUCUGGCCAUUCCGGUAUACCGAGUAGAUUCAUCAAUGACUGCCCUUUCAAGAUGGGUCUCUCUGACCAGGCUUCAACAAGUAUCUCACAUAUUCUUGAGUCAACCAAGAAUCAUGCUCUUGGCUAUCACUGGAGCUACCUCAUCCAGUCCUACAACCAAAUGAACCUCACAAAGCCUGAAGAUCGAUUGGCCGCUAUACAUGGAAUUGCAACAUGUCUAUCCAACCGCCAUAAAGUGGGCUACUUUGCAGGAAUAUUCGAGCACAAAACCAUGAAUGGACUGCUUUGGUCAAAGGCACCGAAUGCAGAACGACUAACUAAAAUCGAGGGCUUCCCCAGUUGGUCCUGGGCCUCGGCAAAGGGAAAUGGUUUCAUUCCAUAUGUUGAAAAUGAAGACACGACUUUGUGGAUGAGGUGGAUCGGCGGAUUCCCGUCAAGCAACAAGAUACAAGACUUCAAGAAAAGGUUAAACCGACAGAUACACAUCGCAGCACCUCUGUUGCCUCUACCGCUUGGACGUGUUUUUCAAGAGAACUCCCCGGAUGAUGAGAAAUUGUUCAAGUUUGGUGCAAAUAGCCCAAUCUGGCCUGGAAGGAGAUUGGGUAUUUCCCUUGACUAUUCUGAGUCAGACCUUGUCUACUUGGAAGGAGCAUGUCUGUUAUUUUUGUGCGAGUGCCGUUUUCCUAUGAUAGACAGGAUUCAAAUCGACGGGCUUGUAGUAAAAAGGUCAUCGAAUGAUGGUGAUAAUGUGUAUAAGCGGAUUGGGAAAUUUGACAUUCAGCUGGUCCAUCGUGUAGUAGGACUUGAGAAGGUAGAUACUCGUUGCUUAGAGGAUUGGAUAGCCGAUGUUAUUCUAGUGUAA